UUAAAUAUGGAGAGAUGGUUAUAGACUGCCAUAGUUUCCUGUUGAGGGCUAUUUUUUAUAUUCUUCAAGCUAUUGGAGGAUAUCUUUAACUAAAGAUGGCCUUUGUAAUAUGUUUCCAAAAAACCCAUAAGAAAAAGAAAUUAUUAUGGAGUAAGGCUAUGAGUCAGGGGACUUUUUGAACUACUAAAAAUGCAAUGUCUCCUAGAGAAUGUGUCUAAUAUAACAAAUGAAACUGCUAGAAUAGAGCCUGAGCAUGCUAAUAAAAUUGCUCCAAGGCUUCUAACUUUGAGGUAGCCUAAAGAAAAUGUCUUCGUUAUACAUGUAUGGGUUACCUUAAAAUUAAUUUUAAUCAUGAAUUGAUAAAAGAAAAAUCAAGUCCCCCCUCAAAAUGAAUCUCUGCUUGAAACAUAUGCCUCUAGUUAAAAGUUAUUCUCGAUAAUGCUCAUAUUUGGAAAUACACAAUGGAAUAUUCAUGUCCAUACUGGAAUGUGAAUAUAGCCAGCCUGCUAGGAAGCAGAAAAAAAGACCACUUAAAAAAGAAAAGAAAAAGAAAAGCAAUUUCAAUAAGAUGUACAAGGAAGAUGUUUUAAAAGAUAAAAAAGACAAGUAUUUAAAAUCUAUUAUUUUAAUUAGUAAAUUGCAUUUUCAUCUCUGAUUUGGGGCUAAGUAUACCACUCAGCAUAUCCUGAUGUUUGAAUAAAAAAUGAAGUGGUUCAGCAAAGAAUGAAGAGGGCCAUUACCAAGGAGACUUCUUAAUUUUCGAUUAGGUUGAUGUUUAUAUGUAUUGCAUAGGUAUUUUGUUUCCAUAUUAAAUUUUUCAUUAAGCAUAUAUUGGGCAUCUAUUGUAUGUCAGUCAUUGCUCUAAGUGCUUGGGAUAAGAUGGUGAACAGAAUACCAAAACAUGCUUGUCCUCAUCGGAGUUACAAUCUGGUAGGGGGUUGGGAGGUGGAGAAGGCAGACAAAAAAGAAACAAGCAAAGAUAGAGUAAGUGCAAAUGUAACAAAUUCUGUGAAAAAAAAAAAAAAAAAAAAAAAAAAACUAAACUAGAGAGUUAGGGGUCAGGAGCAUGGGGAGAGUGCAAUUUAAAAUAAGCUCAGGGAAAGACUCACUGAGGAUGUGACAUUUGAGCAAAGACCUGGAGUGAUAAGUGAGGAGAGAAGCCAUGCAGAUCUCAAGAGAAACAGAUUUCUAAGGAAGAAGGAAUGUGGAGAGAAAAGGUCAUAAUGGGGAACAUUCCUAGCACAUAGAAGGUCCCUGAAGGACAUCACUGUGGCUCGAACAGGGCAGAACAGGUGAGGUGGAGGUUAGAAGAUCAGGCCAGAGGCAACGGAGUCCAAUCUUGUGAGGACAUGGAGGUUACUGUCAGGAAGCUGGCUUAGCUCAGGAUGAAAUUGGGAUGAGGUGGGUCUCAGUAAGGGCAGGGCAGGGAGACCAGUCAGGAGGCUGUAAAAGCAAUAGAGAUGAGGGAAGAUGGUGGCUGGGACCAGAGCAGCAGCCCUGGAGGAGCAUAGGUGGAGAAGUAGGGCGAGGCCACGAAGGGAGUUACGUGGGCAAACAUUUCCGCAUGGGAUUCAUGACAAUGCCUGCUCCUCAGGACAGACUUCCCCAUCCUUGCUCCAGUGGCUUUUCUGUGAGAUCACAGUCACUGCACUCGGUUGGGGGCACAGACGAUGACAGCAGCUGUGGCUCACGGAGACAACCACCACCCAAGCCCAAGAGGGACCCCAGCACCAAGCUGAGCACCUCAUCAGAGACGGUCAGCAGCACUGCAGCCAGUAAGAGCGGGAAACCCCCUGAGAGGACUGAAGUGUCAGCUAAACCAAGACCCCACAGUGAUGAAUAUUCCAAGAAGAUUCCUCCUCCCAAACCGAAGCGAAAUCCGAACACUCAGCUGAGCACAUCUUUCGAUGAAACGUACAUCAAAAAGCACGGGCCCCGGAGGACGUCGCUGCCGCGGGACUCCUCCUUGUGCCAGAUGGGCAGCCCCGCGGGAGACCCUGAGGAAGAGGAGCCCGUGUACAUCGAGAUGGUGGGGAACAUUCUCAGAGACUUCAGGAAGGAGGACGACGACCAGAGCGAGGCCGUCUACGAGGAAAUGAAAUACCCCAUCUUUGACGACUUGGGCCAAGAUGCCAAAUGUGACUUUGACCAUCACAGCUGUUCUUCGCAGUGUGCUACUCCCACGGUGCCUGACUUGGACUUCGCCAAGGCCUCAGUGCCAUGCCCCCCCAAGGGGCUGCUUUGCGACAUCCCCCCACCCUUCCCCAACCUGCUUUCUCACAGGCCCCCGCUGCUGGUAUUCCCCCCUGCCCCCGUGCAUUGCUCCCCCAACUCCGACGAGUCCCCGCUCACUCCUCUGGAGGUCACGAAGCUUCCCGUGCUGGAAAACGUGUCUUACAUGAAACAGCCAGCGGGGGCGUCGCCCUCCGCGCUGCCGUCCCACGUCCCCGGCCAUGCGAAACUGGAGAAAGAGCAGGCCGCGGCCCUGGGACCUGCCUCUGCCACUCCUGCGCUCUCCUCGUCGCCCCCGCCCCCGUCCACGCUGUACCGAACCCAGUCUCCCCAUGGCUACCCUAAAAGUCACUCCACCUCUCCCUCCCCCGUCAGCAUGGGGAGGUCCCUGACUCCCCUGAGCCUCAAAAGGCCUCCCCCUUACGACGCUGUGCAUUCGGGCAGCCUCUCAAGGAGCUCUCCUUCAGUGCCUCACUCGACCCCCAGACCCGUGUCGCAAGAUGGGGCCAAGAUGGUCAACGCCGCGGUGAAUACCUACGGGGCAGCCCCGGGUGGCUCCCGGUCCCGGACACCCACGAGCCCGCUGGAGGAGCUGACUAGCCUCUUCUCCUCCGGCCGCAGCCUGCUGCGUAAGUCGUCCAGUGGCCGGCGCUCCAAAGAGCCUGCAGAGAAAUCAACAGAGGAACUGAAAGUCCGAAGCCACAGCACGGAGCCAUUACCAAAGUUGGACAACAAGGAAAGAGGCCAUCAUGGGGCAUCUUCCUCCAGAGAGCCGGUCAAAGCUCAGGAAUGGGAUGGAACACCAGGGCCACCUGUGGUCACCAGUCGACUGGGAAGAUGCUCUGUGAGCCCCACCUUGUUAGCAGGAAACCACAGUUCAGAGCCUAAAGUAAGCUGCAAAUUAGGCCGGUCUGCGUCGACAUCAGGUGUGCCUCCUCCAUCAGUCACUCCUCUCAGGCAAACCAGUGACCUGCAACAGAGCCAGGUGGCAUGCAUGCAGUGGUUUCAUGGAGACCAUACAAUGCUUGAGAUGAUUGAGAAAAAGCGUUGCUUGUGCAAGGAAAUAAAGGCUAGACAGAAAACGGAAAAGGGCCUUUGCAAACAGGAUAGCAUGCCUAUCUUGCCCAGCUGGAAGAAGAAUGCAGGUGCCAAGAAGUACAGCCCUCCGCCCUAUUCUAAACAGCAAACGGUAUUCUGGGAUACUGCCAUAUGAGUGUGCGCAGGAUGGUGUGAGCUCCACAUUUCUUAAUAUGAAGAGGGAGGUCGACUCGGUCAUAUGAUAAUGAACUGUUACAUAUCUUUUCUGUGGGAGUGGAAUGCCACGGGAAGCUGUGCCUAUUUGUGGCAAGUUCAAGAUAAAAUGCAUAUGUCCUUGCAAUGAAGGCACACUUAUUUAUCCCGGAUUAUUUUGAAUCCAGAAGAUAUUAAAAUGUAAAUAUUUUACUAGUUUAUGGGUGACAUCUGAAAUAAUACACAUUAUACGUAUAUAAAUUACAGAAAUAUCAAGAGUUUACUAUAUGAUAUAAUUUCGGUAUUAACUGGUUUGUUAUCUCUUUUAUAUGUAAUCCCUUGCUGCCUUUUAUUAUUAAUUUUUGCAUUAAAAAAUUUUUUUCCCUUGCCCACAUUUGGUUUCUGUACAAGAGCUCACAAUUAUAAAUCAUGUUCAGUCACAUAAUAUAUGCUCUGGUGCUAGUAACGUAGAAGUUGAAUAUCAUAUUUGUUAAGAGCAUCUGUGCUUUUUAAGUUUCAAGGGUUUGACAGGAAAUGAAUGCAAACGUGAUGCUUAAUUUGGACGUCCAAGUUACAUUGACAGCAAUCUUUUUGCUACACUGGCUUUAUAAGAAUUUCUCUUUAGUAUCCUCUGGCAAUGGUUAGACUAACCAUUAGUCUGACUUAAUAAUAACUAAGCAAUGGUUAGUCGGACUCCAGAGAAAGUUACUAGGAUAUAUUGGACAUCCCAGCAGAAAACAUUUCCUUCAGAAAUGACUUUAGGGACAUGUGUCCUUGCAUCGUUGAUCUGAUUGGAGGAGACCAGGGUUCACUGUGACAAUGGAAGGAACAAGGAAUUAAUAGCUCAAGAGCAUGACUGCUUUCAAGAAAGUGGGACCAGUGGCAUUGUAGCCACCAUAAUCACUAUAUUUAAGUAACUUUUCAUGUGUAUGCUUGUUUCCCCAAGAAAAUGAGAAAUAAACAUUUAACUAGACCAGUUUACAUAUUUUAAUACACUAAAUGCCAAUCUUUCUAAAAGUUUAGAUCCACUAAUAAAAUAUGUAUUUCUUGUUAAUUUUUUCAAACCGGUUAUCACCACAUUUCUGGGUCAUAAUCUUCUGUAUGUGAUCAUCACACCCAUUCUUACUGAUUAUGACACCAUGACCAAAGAAUUAUGACCAUUUUUUAUUUUAUUUUGUUUCAAGAAAGAGACAGGAAAUGCAAGGGAUGAGGGAUGGGGUGGAUUCAAUUUUAUGUGGUGGUGAAAUUUAAGUUAAAAAAUCAUAUAUAUCUUUUAAGAAGAACUUGUUAGUUGAAUAUAAAUAUUGCCACGAAUGAAUAAAAAAGAAACUAUCACAUAUAUUUUGUAUAUUUAAAUUACUAUUUAUGCCUCCUAAAAUUGAUAGUAUGUGGUUCUUUGUUAACAAUCAAUUUAGUAUUAUAUUUCUGAGAGAAAAGGUGUGUUUUUGAAGUUAUUGUUAUAGCAGUUUUUCUUGUAAGGGUAUUGACAGCAAUAGUUCAGUGCUGCUCAAUAAAACCAAAUAUAACAGGAGUUAGAGAAUUUUUGUAAUCUAUAUUGCUACAAACCUAGUAAUGCUUUAUCAGUAAUAGUUUCUUUCAAAAGCCUUUUCAAUGUUAUAACAUGAUUUUCUAAUGUUUUAUAAUUAAUGCGUAUUUUGAUGUCCAAUUCGAAUUCUGAAAGAAUAAAGAAAAAGGUAAGUGGGAGCAGUGUAUGGUUGGUGUGUCUGUGAGCGUGCAUGUGUGUGUAUGUGUGUGAGUGUGUGUGUAAUGAAUGAAUACUCAGUGGGAGAACUGUAUACAUAAAAUGCUUACUGAAGUUUCAGGUUGUGCUUGUAUAAUUGAGGUGGUAGAAAAACAGGAUCACAAAUGCAGGAAAUUACAAAGGGAUCUUAAGUAGCUUAAAUAAAACCCGCCAGCAUGUUUCACCAGCUAUAGAUUAUGUUUCAAACCUAACAGUCUAUGGAGCACAAAUCUAAGGGUGAUGAAAAUGUGUUUAGAUAAAAUCAGAAUGGAAAUAAAAUGUGUUUAUGACCCAAGUUGUUAUCCUGAUUUAAGUUAUUAUGACCACAUAUACUCAAGCCUAUCAGUCAGACACAAGAUACUAAUUCUCAUCAUGUCUAUGAUACGUAUAUAUUCAGGCUCAGUAUGGUGAUGAUUAACCUUCCCUUACAGUUUAUAUUUAGGGAAUAUCUUUCUGUGGGGAGAUGCAAGUGUGUUUUUCAGAUGCGUAUCUAUCUUUCCCAUAUCACUCUGAUUUAGGCAGAAAGUUUAUUUAAUGUUAAGAAGGAAACAAAAGUACUAAAAUGAUCUGUGUUGGAUUAAACCAUUCCCAUUUGUUCUAUCAGACUCAUGCUAGGGCCAGGUUUCAUGCACUCCUUUUUCAAAUGCAUUAUUUUCUGAGGCGGUAACUUGUUUGAAAAUUUGACCUUAGGCAACCAUUUUCAUUUAUUUCCGCAAAUCUCUACUUAAGUGGAAAGUGACUGAAAGAUCUGGAAAAGUGGCUUCACUGAGAUUUGACUCAAAAAUUGUUAUUCUGUGCCUAUACGAUUGUCCAUUGUGGCAAUAAUCAUUCCAUGAUCAAUUUCCUUUUUGUGUAUUGUUUCUCUAAAUGGAGAAAAGGAGAUCAUUAGUAUGUAGAGAAAAAUAAGCUGACUUUCUGGCAGUAAUCAACCGGGAUACUUCAAUAUAUUAAUUUGGUCAGAAUAUAGCCUACAGAUAGCCAGAACACUAUGCCAUGAUAAAGCUCAUAUUUCUAGCAGUGCCAAAGAACAAAUCAUAUCAUGGCAUGGUUAUCAGGUUGAAAGAGCUCAUACUUAUGAAAAAUGGUCCUUUCACAGCAAAUUUCAUAGAAACAGAAUUUUAUUGGUUGUCACAAGAUGCUUUCAUAUGUGAAACACUCCUUAGCAGAGAAGAUAUAAAUUUCUUUAGAAUUGAAGAAAGGAAAAUAUAAAAAUCUGCAUUUAUUUCAAUUGCAGAAGCCAGCAUCCUCUGAGGUAUAAGAGCAGUCUAUUCCAUAAACACCGCCCACAUCUCUCCCAUGUUUAUGCUACUGAAGCAAGCUUGGCGCCAAAUGUGAUGGAUUUGUGUAAAUGAAGGUUAAUACUCAACCAUGUAAAAUAAUUAGAAAAGUAAAACAGAAUGUCCGGAGAUUGAAAUUUGUAGUUUUUAAGUGUUAUAUAUUCAAAUACAUGCCAAUUGUCUGGAGACAACUAGAUACAACUUUACUUUCCAAAGUAGUGACAAAAUUGUCUUUGAAUGCUUCUAGAGAAUAAAAGAAUGUUUUUAUUACUAUAUUUUGUUGGUAGGUCUUGCCUAUACUGGGAAUUUAGUUUGAUUCUUUUGAGCAAAUCUGGUGACUACGUCAAUAAAACUAAAUAAAGCUA